AUGGCCCCCAACACAUAUUACAACAAGGUUGAAUAUUGUCCCUCUUCCAUAGAAGCGCCCGUUAAGGCGGCACGAUCAGAGACAUUGGAUUGGGUGCAGCCGGCGCUACUUCUGACGCCAGGGGAUAGCAAAGGGACCACCAAGGGUGGGAAAGGGGGGUCACCACAGCCGAGUUACUGGCACACGGGACACACCCGGGAUCCCGUCCAGAAGCCAACUGCCAGCCUUACCCGCCCUGCCUAA